GGUGUUGAGUAUUAUUAUUAUAUAUACACACAUCUGCCCUUCUCAGAGUCUUCUCAAUCUGUUCUUUGGUUUUCACUCCUUAACCUUUUCUGCAAGAAUUUGCUCUUAGAACAGCACAAGAAAAUCGAGAUGGGUAGCUCUGAAUUUUCAUGGAAAUUGAAGGACCACCCAAAGCUUCCCAAGGGGAAGACCAUAGCGAUGGUGGUUUUGGAUGGAUGGGGUGAGGCAAAUCCCAACAAGUACAAUUGCAUCCAUGUGGCUGAGACUCCCACCAUGGAUUCACUCAAAAAUGGUGCCCCUGAUAAAUGGAGAUUGGUGAAGGCCCAUGGUAAGGCAGUGGGGCUGCCCACAGAUGAUGACAUGGGCAAUAGUGAGGUUGGCCACAAUGCUCUUGGUGCUGGCAGGAUUUAUGCUCAAGGUGCUCAGCUUGUCGAUAUUGCUCUUGAAACUGGUAAAAUCUACGACGGAGAAGGUUUCAAGUACAUCAAAGAGUCUUUUGAAACUGGAACACUACAUCUCAUUGGAUUAUUAAGUGAUGGUGGUGUCCACUCUAGACUCAAUCAGUUACAGUUGUUGCUCAAAGGUGCUAGUGAGCGUGGUGCUAAAAGAAUUCGCGUUCAUAUUCUCACUGAUGGACGUGAUGUUUUGGAUGGGUCAAGUGUAGGCUUUGUGGAAACUCUUGAAAAUGAUCUUGCAAAGCUACGUGAAAAAGGUGUUGAUGCUCAGGUUGCAUCCGGUGGAGGUCGUAUGUAUGUUACAAUGGAUCGAUAUGAGAAUGAUUGGGAUGUUGUAAAAAGAGGAUGGGAUGCCCAAGUGCUUGGAGAAGCACCACACAAGUUUAAGAAUCCUGUUGAAGCUGUCAAGAAACUUAGAGAGAUUCCUAAUACGAACGACCAGUACUUACCUCCCUUUGUUAUUGUUGAUGAAAAUGGGAAAGCUGUUGGGCCUAUUGUUGAUGGUGAUGCAGUUGUAACUUUCAACUUUCGGGCUGACCGCAUGGUUAUGAUUGCCAAAGCACUUGAGUAUGAGAACUUUGAUAAAUUUGAUCGAGUUAGAUUCCCUAAAAUUCGUUAUGCUGGAAUGCUUCAGUACGAUGGUGAACUUAAACUUCCAAGCCGCUACCUUGUUUCUCCUCCAGAAAUCGAAAGGACAUCUGGAGAAUAUUUGGUCCAUAAUGGUGUCCGGACUUUUGCUUGUAGUGAAACUGUUAAAUUUGGUCAUGUUACCUUUUUCUGGAAUGGGAAUCGCUCGGGAUACUUUAACCCACAGAUGGAAGAAUAUGUUGAAAUUCCAAGUGAUAGUGGUAUUACCUUUAAUGUCCAGCCAAAGAUGAAAGCCCUUGAGAUUGCUGAGAAGGCAAGAGAUGCCAUACUUAGCCGCAAAUUUGACCAGGUUCGUGUCAACCUCCCUAAUGGCGACAUGGUGGGACACACUGGUGAUAUUGAAGCAACAGUUGUGGCUUGCAAGGCAGCUGAUGAGGCUGUCAAGAUGAUCCUCGAUGCGAUAGAGCAAGUGGGCGGAAUAUAUGUCGUUACUGCUGAUCAUGGAAACGCCGAGGACAUGGUGAAAAGGAACAAGAAAGGCGAGCCUCUUCUUGACAAGAAUGGCAACAUUCAGAUACUUACUUCCCACACACUAGAACCUGUUCCUAUUGCAAUUGGUGGCCCUGGGCUAGCACCAGGUGUGAGAUUCCGCAAAGACGUCCCCAAUGGUGGGCUGGCCAAUGUGGCUGCAACCGUGAUAAACCUACAUGGUUUUGAGGCACCUAGUGAUUACGAGACGACCCUCAUUGAGGUUGUUGACAAUUAGGUUAGCUGAUUUCUAUUUCAAAAUUUUUGCAGUGGAGGAAGUGAUGAGCAAGUAUGGGAAUACACUAUGCCCAUUGUUUUGAAUAAGCACCGUACUGAAUCACAUGCUAGUACACUUGAUUAUUAACUUAAGCAGCAUUUGAUGCUGAAAUUCAGAUGUUAACGUGCUGUGAUUUGACAAUUCAAUGACUUGAAAUGUAAUUCUCAAGUAUUAGACUGGUUUUGCAAUACUUUUCUGUCUUUUGCAUUUGCAAUAUUCUCAUCGAUUCUGUAUUGUACUUGUGAAGUAUUGAAAUUUUAAGCUACCAUUUGCUUGGACAA